AAUGCAAGGUGAAAGCGAUGGAGAUGAUGCAAGUAGUUACAAAUCGUCUUCAUCAAAGAAAAGAAAAAUUUUCGACAGCCCAGGCGAUAAGUAUAAACCAUUUCAAAAGCCUUCUUACACAAGAAAAUAUCCCGAUACUACCUCCAAUGGAGAAUUCAUAGUCUUCGUAGAGCAUUGCAAUAAAGACACCAAAAUAGGGAAUAUGAACCCCCUAAAUUUAUCAAAAAUUUUCAAAAAUGCUAAAGGGGUCCAUGAAAGAUCUAGAAUAAGCGCCCGCAAAAUAAAAAUAAUAUUCAAACAAGCGGCACUAGCAAAUGAUUUCCUCAAUGCCCAAUUUAUACAAGAGAAUAACUUAAGAGCAUAUAUCCCAGCUGCCUCUGUGGAAAGGGUUGGGGUAGUCAGGUACAUUCCUAAAGAAAUUAGCAAUAGGGAGUUAUUUGAAAAAAUAAGUAGUGAUCUUGAUAUUAUUGGUGUACGUAGGUUUAUGAAAAAAGAAAAUAAUACAUUUGUUCCGUUAAAUACUAUUACUGUUACUUUUUCUGGCACUGUAUUACCACAAUGCAUUUUCUUAGAUGGAUGGAGAUAUAAGGUUCAUAAUUAUAUACCUCCAGUUUUACAAUGUUUUAAAUGCUUACUUUUCAAUCACUCUGCAAAAUAUUGUUUUAAUGAACAAGCAUGUUCUAAAUGUGCAGAGAAUCAUUCUUAUAAAGAAUGCACAUCAGAAGUUUUAAAAUGUAAAAACUGUGGAGGUAAUCACCUAGCUAUUUCUAAGGAGUGCCCAAUUAAGGCUUCUAAAAUUAAGAAAAACAUAUCUUUGAGAGUUAAUAAUUCUACUUAUGCAGACAUAACAAAUAAUUUAACAUCUUUCCCUCAUCUUCUUACAAAAGCUAAUCCUCAAAAUGUUAAAAUUGUUCCAGAAAAGAUAUCAGCCCAGGACAUUAUUAAUAAUCAAAAAAUUUUAGAAGCCAUAAUAAGCACUAUUGUAAGUAUAUGA